GUACGGAUUACGGUACAAUCAUGGAGGAAGUGUUUGGUGAUGCCGAGUUCGGGGCGUUCCCGGGUGAGAGUUUCCGCUUCAGUAUCAAGCGUGUGGAGGGUGUGGGGUAUAUCCGACUGGAGCACAAGGCGUCUAAGAGAUGCUGGACGUGUGAAAUGACUGAUGUUGGUGCUCAUGCGCUGGAGGGGGCGACGCUACCUCCGAAUACAGUUCUGCAAUAUGUGGCGACCAGUUUAAGAGACUCAACCAAGCAGGGUAUACAUCUCACUCGUGGAGAGGGGGACACAGUACUGCAGUUGGAAGUGCUGGUUAAGUCGGACGUGGCGAACAUGACAUGGGCACCGAUUUACGUCUUCCCAUUAACAUUAGAGCCACAGAAAGCUAUGUCGCCGACGGAGCAGAUUAAAAUGCUCACUACUCAAGUCCAGGAGCUUCAGCAGGAAGUUAAAACUCUUAAGGAGCAGAUGAAAAGCGUGCUAGCUCCAGCUAAGAAUCAACAGAGCCCGGUCCAAGUAGCCACCUUGCCAUCUCCUGGGUUUACAAUCCGUCGGCGUCCAAAAGACCCUCCAACGCAAGUUCCACCCGUCAGAAGGAAUGCAAACACGCCGCCGACACCGUCAAAUGCCAACCACUCGCUUGAAAAGAUCGCGGAGUUUAAAUACCGUGAAAAGAAGGAUUCACCUGGCACUUUAAUGCGCAGACAUCGCCGCCACAUCUGUAAAGUGUGCUCAGCGCUGCGAGAUCACCGGCGUACAUUCCAAACUUCUCACUAUUGUGUUGCAUGCACGGAGCGACGCGGAGGUCUCAUGGUGUUCUUGUGCAAUAAAGUCCGACCGCAUGACGAAGGUGAGUAUCAAAAUGCCACGUGCAACCAGAUCUGGCAUACGAUGUGGGGCAACGGAGAGAGAAUGCCCAAGACUGGAGUGUCUUCGAUACGGAUGCGGAAAAAGCUGAAGACAAGUGAGCAAAGCAAAACAGCGUUGCUGUAAACAAGCUCUAAAAAAAUAGUCCUUGCAUUUUUAUAUUUUAUCAUGUGAAAUUUAGCAUCAAUCUAAAAAAAAAAUGUUUCUUAUCA